GUUUGAUCUUGUACAAUCACGCUUAGUUCUUAGAAUGCAAGCCUCUUUUGAUUUUUCGUCCACCUGCCUGCGUCGACCUUUCAGCCUCCUGCCGGAACAGCCUACUCUGGACCAGGAGCAGCACGAACAUGCUGUUUCCCCGCCGGAUCCCGCAGCUGCUCGAGCGUUGCCAACGUGCAGGCGGCAACCAGAACUACUCAGCCAUAUUUCGCCGUGGCCUGCAGACCGGCAGCGAGCAAAUCGGCGGCAGCGUUUCCUCGAGCGCAGACCCGAGUGCGAGCCGGUUUCGCCUGAUCAAACGCGGCGCGUUCGGCGUCACCUCCGCUAGUGUGCUUGCGCUCGGUGGCACGGUCUUCUACGAGGUCUACGCGCGGCAAAAAUACAGCAGCGACGUCGACGAGGUGGCGGAAGUGCUGCAGCCAGUUGUGCUUCGAACGAAUUCAUCGAGAAGGAACCAAGUGCCAGUAGGGGGGGCCAUAAGUGGCUCAACUACAAAGGACACGACACCGGGACAGAAAAGCGAAGGCGCCACCAGUGAUGUUGAUGAUACCGGGCAGAAAAACAAAGCGCCAUCAUCAAAACGUCGAGAGAACAAGACCGGCACCAGCGGUGCAGCAUCGGAUUCUAGCACCGCUUCUGCUGCGACAGUACAACCAGCCGCGCCCCCAACUGAGGACGCUGACAUAUCCACGGGCUUUCUGGACCGGCGCGUGAAGCACCUGAACUUUUUCGAACUGUGCCAGCGAAUCUGGACGCUCGGGAGGAUUUUCCUGCCCGUCGUCGCGCUGUGGGUGCCGUGGUGGUACCUCGCACCUUGCCAGGUGGAGUACAUCCAGGACCCCCAGGAAAGGAAACUGCUGUACGACAAGGAAACAGGGAAGGUCGAAAUCCUCGACACCCCGACCACGACCUCCGUAGCUCGCAGCGAAGCCCCGACCGCUGAGGAGGUCGCGCAGCUCGCCAAACCGCGUCUGAAAGACCCGAAAAGCCGGCUGUCCGAGUCUGACCUGCAGCGGAACCAGGAGCGCCGGCUGCAGUGGUGCAAAAGGCUGCGGGCGGCGCUCGAGCAAGCCGGCCCUGUGUUCAUCAAAUGGGGUCAGUGGGCAUCCACCAGGUAUGACCUGUUCCCCGUGGAGCUGUGCGACGAGCUAAAUCGCUUGACGCAAAACUCCCCCGCGCACACCAUGGCAGAGACGGAGGAAAUUUUGAAACGGAAUUUUGGGAACAACGUGCUCGAGUACCUGCAGCUCGAGCCCGAGCCGGUGGCGAGUGGGAGCAUCGGGCAGGUGUACCGUGCCCAGGUCAGGGUCGGCGAGUACCGCUCAAAACAGGUGCAGGCUGGGCUAGAGAACGCCGGGUUCAAGGGCGCUGGUGGGACAGAAAGUGUAGUACUAGGCGAGACAAAGCACCAGCUAGCGACAACAACCGAAAAAACCAGUGGCGCGCCGGUGGUAGAUCGCAACUACGUGGUGAAUGUAGCGGUGAAAGUACAGCAUCCUCGGCUGGAGCGCGUGAUGGAUCUGGAUUUCGCGAUCUUGGAGAAAUUAUCGAGGUUCACGGACACGGUCUGCAACUGGUAUAGUUUUUUUCUUCGGAGACGGACGGAGGCUGGAAGAACCCGCCUUCUUUGCACUGAAAUGUUCUCGUUUCAUCUGCUUCAAUGAGUUUUCCGCAUGCGCGUUUUGCAAAAAAUACUUUCUAGGUAUUUCGAGUCCAGCUAUCGCUUGAACCGCAUGCUGAAGCAGUUUCGCGCGCACAUGGGCGACCAGCUGGACUUCGAUCUGGAAGCGGCGAAUCUCCGCCAGUUUCGCAGCAACUUCGAGGGUUGGGGAAACGUGAGUUUUCCCAAGGCGUCGGUGUCUACCCCAGAAGUGCUGAUCGAGUCCUUCGAGCCCGGUGCGUCGAUUUCGCAAUUCAUCAAGCUGAAGCAGCAGGACCGCGAUAGAGAAAAGCGACGGAAAGAGCUGCUGGAGAAGGGGGUCGACGAGAACUUCGUCGCGGACCGGUUGGCUAUCCACGGAUUGGAGGGGGAGAAAAAGGACGCCGGAAAUAAAGGUUCUUCGAGUUCAUCAAAUCCUUCUUCUAAAAAUAAAAGUUCCUCGUCAACAUCUUCUCCCGCCACCAUCUCCGCCUCGGACAGAAGCAAUUCGUCGUCUUCCGAUGUCGAGUACAGCGCGGACCAGCUGCACGGCGAGUUGGUCGAGCGGCUGGGCACGAUUGGACUCAUGGCCCUGCUCAAAAUGAUCAUCGUCGACAAUUUUAUCCACGCGGAUCUGCAUCCCGGGAACGUUUUCGUCCGGCAUUAUGAGCAGAAGGGCGGGUUUUUGACCAAGAUGCGUCAGAACCUGCAGUCCUGGAUUUUGGGGCUCGGGACGGACGUAACCCAGCUGCCGGACGUCUGCUUCUUGGACGCAGGUAUCAAAUUUUCGGUGCUCAUAAAACAAGACUUCUUGUAGUUCUUGCUGGUUUAUUUUGCAUCUAUAGCGAUAGCCACUAAAAGAGCUGCAACAUCGGAGGUUGCUAAAAGCCGACUCUUGGAAAAAUCUCCCAGGUCUGUCCGCCCACAUUGAGCCUUCGCUUGGGCAGAACGUCCGUGGCUUUUUCCAGGCGAUGCUGGAGUACGACGGGAAAAAAUUAGCGGAGGAAAUCCUCGCUCUGUCCGCGGCGAAUCUCGGCAGUCUGAACGCCAGCAACCGGGCUUCGUUCAUCGAGGAGUUGUCCGCCAAGGGCCACAUCUGGCGCCGCAUCCGACAGGAUCCCGCGUUGUACAAAACGUCGCGGUCGCGGGACAUUAUCAAGGACGUUCUGGAUUGCUGCAGGAGGCACACGCUGGAAUUGCACCCGACGAUACUGGUCGCUGUGGUACUUAAAUCAUCUUCACAGCUAUUGAUUGUUGUUUGGCGUGUGCUUUUGAAGCUUUUGCAAUAAUUAAUUCCAUCGGUUCUUAUACCAUUUCCAUCUCGCGCCGUCCUGUCGUCAGUUUAGGAGAAGCUGCAACUGGAUGAAGACAAGGAAAAUUGCAUUUACACAUUGUCAGGUAUCCACCAUCACUCUUGAAGGGUGGCAGUACGAGCUCGACCCAUCCAUCAACAUCAUGCACCACGUCGACCUCACACUGAGGCAGCACGCCACAUGGGGGAACCGCAUCGCAUUCCUCGACGGUGCGUUGCGCGACCUGCUUCGGUUCGGCACGAAAGCCACCUCCUUCCUCAUGUGAGAGUAGCGCGCAGUCGUGUUUCAACAUCUCGGCGGUAAAAAGGGACAAGAUCGCUUGCAACUUGUGUAGUUUAUUUCAUCAAAAAAUGCAGAAAGUGAGAUGUUCUUCACCACUGUACUUGCGAGACAAUUGUGUUUGAAGUUGUGAUGCUUGAGAAUACGGCUAGGAUGUGUCACGAAGCAGCCCUCUGAACUCGGCCUGCAUGCAUGUAACCAUAAUCCUGCAAGGUAAAACAAAAGUAGGCUUACAUAGCUUGCUCGUGUUAAAAACGCAUGCAAAUGCAUUUCCUGUAUUCCAUGAACGCGGAUGAUGAAAAGAAGUGCUAGAUUUUUUCGUAAGCGUCGUCUGG